AUGCCGUUUAUUGACGCGCCCGCCAGUGCCUCGAGCACAAAUCAGCCCAUUGCCAUCAUUGGCAUUGGUCUGAGAGCCCCAGGAGAUGCUUCUGACCCAGAGAAGUUCUGGCAGAUGCUCCUGGAUGCUCGUUCUGCGCGCUCUGAGAUCCCCAAGGAUCGCUACAAUGUCGAUGGUUUCUACCAUCCUGAUCCCGAAAGACUGGGCAGCAUUCAGCCAAGGCACGCACACUUCUUGAAGCAAGACUUCAAGGUCUUCGACGCGCCCUUCUUCUCUGUCACCCCCAAAGAGGCUAAAGCAAUGGACCCUACGCAGCGAAUGCUUCUCGAAGCCGCCUACGAAGGUUUUGAGAAUGCUGGUUUGAGGCUAGAAGACGUCUCAGGAACACAAACGUCAUGCUAUAUUGGGACGUUUACCAACGACUUUGUUAACUUACAAGCCCAAAGUAAUGAGGCGCCUUCUAUUUAUCAUGCUACGGGUCUGUCAUCGUCCUUGGCCUCAAAUAGGCUGUCUUGGUUCUAUAACCUCAAAGGUCCCUCAAUGACAAUCGACACUGCAUGCUCGUCAAGUCUGACUGCCUUUCACUUGGCUUGCCAGAGCAUUCGUACUGGAGAAGCAGAGAUGAGUGUAGUUGCGGGUGCUAACCUCAUGUUUGGACCUGACAUGUCCAUUCUCCUCGGAGCCGCCAAGAUUCUCUCUCCUGAGGGCAAGUCCAAGAUGUGGGAUGCAAACGCCAAUGGUUUCGCUCGUGGAGAGGGAUUCGGUGUCACCAUCUUGAAGCCUCUUGAUGCUGCGAUUCGCGACGGAGAUACCAUUCGAGCUGUCGUGCUGGCUUCGGCAGCAAAUGAAGACGGCAGAACCCCUGGCAUCUCAUUGCCAAACAGCGAAGCUCAGCAAGAGCUCAUCCGCACAGCUUACCGCAACGCAGGCGUUGAUCCUGCGGAGACGGGCUAUGUUGAGGCUCACGGCACCGGAACGCAGGCGGGUGACCCGUUGGAAGCUCGCGCCAUCUUAAAAACGAUUGGAGACCAUCCCGGUCGCAAAUCUGAUCUCUAUUUUGAAUCCCUGAAUUUGAUGCUUGUAGGACUAACCCAUUUCUUAGCCAAUAUUGGACACUUGGAGGGCGCAGCUGGUGUUGCCGGUAUCAUCAAGGCUGCUUUGGCUGUAGAAAGAGGCCUGAUACCUCAGAACCUGUGGUUUGAGGAACUCAACCCCCAGAUCCAGCUCCCAGAGAACGUCAAGGUUCCCACUACACUUCAAGUGUGGCCGCACAGUGGCCCAAGACGGGCGAGCAUCAACUCCUUUGGUUUCGGAGGAGCCAACGCUCACGUGAUCCUCGAAGACGCUGCAUCCUAUUUAUUCCGUCAUGGUCUCCCAGGACGCCACUCUACAACUCCUGAACCAAGACUCCCUACCAUAUCCAGUGCGAGCAGCGAUAAUGGAUCUGACAUGGAGACAUCCAGCAGCGUCAGUAACGACGAACUUACUUCGAAGCUCUUCGUGCUUUCUUCCAAUGAUCAAGAGGGCGUGAAGCGCAACGUGGAAAGAUUGACAACCUACUUGGAUGGGAAGAUCUCAAGCAAGUCUUCUUUUCUGACUGAUCUUUCGUACACUCUCUUUUCCAAGAGAACCAUGCUACCUUGGAAGUCUUUUGCCAUUGCAUCUGACGUCGCAAGUCUUCGCCAGAAUCUCGAGAAGAUCCCCGCUGUGGUUCGAUCCUCCAACUCCUCGGUGCCAAGAGUAGCCUUCGUUUUUACUGGUCAAGGUGCUCAAUACUUCCGGAUGGGCAAGGGACUCUCUGUCUACAAGGCAUUCCGAGACAGCAUGCUGCGCUCCGAGUUGAUUCUUAAGUCACUAGGUUGCCCGUGGACUUUGACUGAGGAGCUGGAACGUGACGAGGCGGACUGUAACUUGCGCCGAACGGACUACAGUCAGCCUGCAUGCACCGCUUUGCAAGUUGCUCUUAUCGACCUCUCAAAAGCAUGGGGUGUCAAGCCAGUCGCAGUAGUGGGCCACUCUAGUGGUGAGAUUGCAGCCGCUUACUGCGCAGGCUUCAUCGACCAUGAGGCAGCGGUCAAGAUCGCUUGGCUGAGAGGCCAAGUUUCCCAGACAGUUUCUACGAAUGGCGGCAUGUUGGCCGUCUCUGCUAGCGCUGAAAGUAUUGGCGAGCACCUCCAAUCUCUCAAGCUUGGCAAGGCCAUUGUCGGCUGUCUCAACAGCCCCAAGGCGUGCACCGUCUCUGGUGACAACGUUGCCAUUGACGAGCUGCAGGAGAUUCUGAAGGAGGCACAGAUUCCAUGCACACGACUACCUAUGGACGUUGCCUAUCAUUCCUUCCACAUGGAAGCCGCAAGGGAGAGAUAUGAGACUGUUCUGGCGGGCAUCCCACAUGGUUCCUCUGAAAUUCCCAUGUUCUCAUCUGUGACCGGCGCGCAGGUUACUCCUGAACAGAUGAAACCAUCUUACUGGGUUGACAAUCUGGUUUCCCCAGUCAACUUUGUUGGUGCUGUUCGUUCUCUCCUGUAUCACACGCAAGGCAAAGCUCGAUCCCACGACAGAACCGCUUUCGCUAGCGUCUUUGUCGAGUUGGGCCCUCACUCUGCUCUACGGAGCUACCUUCUCGACACCUUUUCCACCGAGGACCGAUUUUCCGACCUCUCCUACACCACAAUGCUCAGACGAAAGUUUGACGGAGCCCAGACAGCACUCGAGGCUAUGGGGCAGCUCUGGUCUAAGGGAUGUGACGUUGAUAUCAACCAAGUGAACGAAGUCUCCGACAACACAAACAUGCUGGUCGACCUGCCGCCAUAUGCAUGGAACCACACACGCACAUUCUGGGACGAGUCCUAUCUCAGCCGCGAGUAUAGACUUAGGGAGAAGCCUCGGACUGACUUGCUCGGCUAUCGUGUCUCGGGUACGCCGGAUCCGACAUGGCGUUGCCACCUACGGUGCACCGAAAGCCCAUGGAUCCGUGAGCACAAGGUUCAGGGUGAUAUUCUAUACCCCGGAGCAGGCAUUGUUGUCAUGGCAAUCGAGGCAGCUCGCCAGCUUGCCGAGGAACACGCCACGGAGGAGAUUUACGGAUACGAGCUCCGCGAUGUUGCCAUUGACACCGCUCUCAGGGUCCCCGACACCGAAAAAGGUAUUGAAGUCAUGAUACAACUCCAUGGUCGCCGAACUGGAACAAAAGCCGCACCCUCCUCUACUCUGAACGAGUUCUCCGUAUCGUCUUGGUCUGAAGAGAUCAAGGAAUGGACAGUACAUGCACGGGGUCUGGUCUCCGUUACCUAUAAGUCCUCGAUUUCCCCCGCCAUGCAGCGCGAGCUAGCCCUUGAGAACGAGCGCUACGCACAAUCUUUCGCCAGCGCCAAGAAGAUCUGCCAAAAGCCCGCCCGCAGCUUCCUCUACGAUACUGUAGAGACUAUCGGCAUGCAAUACGGGCCGACAUUCCGCAACAUGACGGAACUGUUUGCGGGUCCGAAUGCAAGCUACGGCGUCAUCAGCGUUCCGGACACAAAGUCUGUCAUGCCCAAGGGCUUUGAGUACCCUAGCGUUGUUCAUCCUGCCACACUGGACUCCGUGCUCCAUCUUCUAUUCCCUUCCAUCAGCGGCGAAGACCAGUCUCUUAGUGAGGCGGUGGUUCCCUUCUCUUUUGAUCGCAUCUUUGUCUCAGCCAAGCUUUCGGGUGUUCCUGGAACUAAACUUCAUGGAUGCUCCACCGCCCAGAAGACUAGCUACACGACAUGGAAGUCCUCCAUCACCAUAUCAGAGGACCUCUCAGAGCCCAUGAUCAUCAUGGAUGGUGUGUCUCUGGCUUCUGUUGGCGAAGGAGAUGCUCAGAAGACCCAGGAGACGAGGGCCUCUUGCUUUGGUCAGACUUGGCACGAGGACGCUGAUCUGCUUGAACCUUCGCAGAUCAAAAGUUUGGUUUACAAGCGCACCCUGAAGAGCAAGGACGAUGAAUCUGUCCUUGAUAAGCUUGAGUACGUCUGUCUGGUUCACAUUUACCGAUGCCUCGCCUGGCUCGAAAGUGAGGAAGGCAAAUCUUUCGUACCCCAGGAUGGGUUCUGGAAACUUUAUGUCGAGUGGAUGCACGAUACCAUCAAGCAAUUUCCCCCACUUGCAGCCAGCGAGGCAGAAGUCGAGGCGGAGCUAGAUGCCGCUCGCAAGAGGAUCGUUCUGUCUGAGAGUGGUGACAUCACGGUUCAGAUGGUCGAUCGCAUUGGAGAGAACCUCAACAGGAUUUUCAUGAGGGAGGUCGAGCCUCUUCAGGUCAUGACCGAGGGUGACCUGCUGUACUCGUUCUACCGUGGUGCUUUCGGAACGAGCUUCAACACCAACGUUGCUGAGUACGUGGGGAUGAUCGCAGACAAGAGCCCCGGGGUCAAGAUCCUGGAAAUCGGGGCUGGAACCGGUGGCACAACCUACCAUGUCCUCGAGCGCCUGCGCAAUGCGGAUGGCACUUCCAAGGCAGCCAAGUAUUGCUUUACGGACAUCUCCCCCGGAUUCCUCGCCAAGGCUGCUGACCGCUUCUCUAACGAUGCAUCAAUCAUGGAGUUUACCACUCUGAACAUUGAAAACGAGCCCACGGAGCAAGGAUUCACCCUGAGAGCUACGAUCUCAUUCAUCCAAGAGACCUUGGCUCACUGCAAGUCUCUGCUCAAGCCAGGCGGUCGCCUCGUACUAUCAGAAGUCACCAUCAAGCGUAUCUUUUCAGGGUUCAUUAUGGGUCCUCUCCCCGGAUGGUGGCUUGGUGAGGAUGAUGGCCGCAAGGGUGGUCCUCUCCUGGACGUUGAGGAGUGGAACACUGCCUUGGUGCAGGCUGGUUUCUCGGGUGUUGACGUCGACAUUCGUGGCGAUCGGGAGGUGUCGAAGGAGCCUGUCUCGUUGAUUCUCUCUACGAAACCACAGAAGGAAGUCUCCGGCCCUUCUCAGUUCGUCAUUAUCAGUACAGGGUCCGAAGCAUCUGAGAAGCUCAGCCGCUCGAUUCAAGAGCACCUUGUCUCUGCGGCUCAGAAUGUCGCCAUCGUGCGAUGGGACGAUCUUGAUACCUCCAACAGCCAGUUGGACGGAAAGUAUUGUCUCUCUCUUGCAGAGUGGGAGAACCCGGUCCUUUCCGACCUCACAGACGACAACUGGGAGAGAUUGCGCCAAGUCAUCCUCGGCUCCGCUGGCACUCUCUGGAUUACGGGUGGUGCCGCAAUGGACUGCCCGGAACCUAUGAAGUCCCUGAUGGUUGGCCUUUCUAGAGCUAUUCGCAACGAAAACGCAGGAGUUCGUCUCGCCACUCUUGACCUGGAGACAUCCGGCAGCAUCAACUUCGAUGAAGCUGCAAAGAACGUUCUGAAGGUAGCUAUGAGCCACAGCCGCAGCGACGGUUUCGAUGGGGAAUACGCUGCCCGUGGCCGCACUGUUUACGUCCCGCGAGUAGAGAGAACCCUCAACGUUGACGCUUCUCUUCGGAAGUACGAAGCCAAAGGUCAGCCAGAGCUUGUAUCAUUCAAGGGCUGUGGACGCCCCCUCAAGCUCACCAUCAAGACUCCUGGUCUUCUCGACACUUUCCGAUGGGAGGAGGAUGAGGUCUACUACGAGCCCCUGCCCGAAGACUGGAUCGAGGUCGAGGUCAAAGCAGUGGGUCUCAACUUCAAAGACGUCCUCGUCGCCUUGGGCAACCUCGCCGAGAACAAGCUCGGUGUGGAUGCAUCAGGUGUUGUCACACGUGUGGGAUCAGCCGUUUCGGACUUCAAGCCUGGUGACCGUGUAAUGACUGCAUCUUGCGAUACUUUCGCCACAUAUGUUCGCUUCCCCGCCAAGGGCGCCAUUGCUGUUCCUGAGAAGAUGAGCUUUGAAGAGGCAGCUUCUAUGCCCCUCAUCUUCCUUACGGCCUACUACUCUCUGGUUACUGCCGGCAACCUUGUCAAGGGCGAGAAGAUCUUGAUCCACGCUGCUGCUGGAGGUGUCGGUCAGGCUGCCAUCAUGAUUGCGCAGCGCAAGGGAGCCGAAAUAUUUGCCACUGUCGGCUCAGAAGAGAAGAAGAAGCUCAUAAUGGACCAGUACGGUAUCCCAGAGGAUCAUAUCUUCAGCAGUCGUGACAGCAGCUUCGCCAAGGCUGUAAUGAGGGCCACCAAUGACCAGGGCGUGGACGUUGUUCUCAACUCCUUGGCCGGCGAGCUUCUUCGGUUGUCAUGGCACUGCCUUGCCAAGUUUGGACGAUUCUUGGAGAUUGGUAAAGCCGAUCUUUUUGCCAACACUGGUCUCGACAUGAAGCCUUUCCUGGAUAACAAGGCGUACAUCGGUGUCAACCUUUUGGACUUCGAAAACAACCCCACACCUCGAGCUGUUGCUCUCUGGGAGGAUACGGCUAAGCUCAUUCACGACGGUUCUGUCAAGCCCAUCGCGCCGAUUCAACUAUUCUCAAUGGCUGAGGUCGAAAAGGCUUUCCGCUUCAUGCAGGCUGGAAAGCACAUGGGCAAGGUCGUUGUGCGAGUAGAUGAUGCUGACAUGGUCCCUGCUGUCCCCCGGACUCCCCGCGUUGGUAUUGAAGCUGAUGCCACUUACGUCAUUGCUGGUGUUGGUGGUAUCUGCAAGGAGAUUGGUCGUUGGCUUGCUGAGAAGGGCGCCAAACAUCUGGUUCUGCUAUCUCGUUCCGCUGCUAGCAGUGAGGAGAACAAGGCGUUUGCUUCCGAGUUACAAAAGACGUACGAAGCCACAACGUAUGCAUACGACUGUGACGUCGGAAACAAGCAAGCACUUCAAGGAGUUUUGGAUGACCUGAAGUCGAAGAAUGUCCCUGUUAUCAAGGGAUGCGUCACUGGCGCUAUGGUUCUCCGGGAUACUCUGUUUGAUAAGAUGACUGCAGACCAUGUCCGUACAACCGUUGGUCCCAAGGUCCACGGAACUUGGAACUUGCACGAGCUUCUUCCCAAAGAACUUGACUUCUUCGUCAUGCUCAGCUCUCUCGCAGGUGUCAUGGGCCACCGCGGACAAGGAAACUAUGGCUGUGGCAACAUCUUCCAGGACUACUUUGCUGCCUACCGCCGUAGCCAGGGUCUGCGUGCCAUGACUAUCGACAUUGGCUAUCUUCUGAGUGUUGGCUUCGUUGCCGAACACGACGAAUACGUCGACCAUGUCAAGGCCAUGGGUCUCAAGGUCAUGCACAAAAGUGAUCUUCACGGACUUAUGGCAACUGCCUUGGAGGGCUCUGAUGCACACCCGCCUCAGGUAAUGUGUGGUCUUCCUUACAACGAGCACGACGAUGCCUGGUACUGGAUUCAAGAUCAGCGCUUCGCUGGCCUUAGGAAGACGGCCGCCGGUUCUGGCGCUGGUGGUUCUGCCAGUGUCUCGCUCCGUGACGAGCUUGUCCGGUGCGGAAAGGCUGAUGAUGAGGCGGUUCACUUGAUCACCUCUGCUCUGGUGCAGCGUCUGGCCAAGUUGAUGAUGAUGCCUGAGGACGAUGUUGACGCGGGCAAGCCACUGAGUGCUUAUGGUGUUGAUAGCUUGGUUGCUGUUGAAGUUAGAAACUGGAUUGCCAAGGAAGUUGCUGUCGAAGUCAGUGUUUUCGACAUUAUGGCCAACAUCCCGAUGAGGCAACUGGCAACGGACUUGGCUGGCAAGAGCAAGCUUCUCGCUCAGGAUGCAUCAUAA